AUGGAUAUACACCCUAAGCGAUCGGCUUCUACAAAUCCUACGUCAUCUUUAACAUUUUUUUCUUUGUCCAGUUCAAACUUUCAGGUGAAAAAUAUGAGAGGUGAAGAAGGAUUUCUUCCAACUAUGUCAUGCUUAAUUCCAACGCCAGAUGCAAAUGCCAUCACAGCGGUGGAAAGAUUGCAAGUUCUCCUGCUUACCUCUUGGACUGAGUGUAUCAGACAACUGAGACCAAUUCUCUUAUCAACAUGCUGUGCUUCUUCACAGAAUAUAAGCAAACUUUGGGUUUCAUUUGCAUCAAGUUUGAACUGUCAUGAGCUAAAUAGAAAAAAAGAUAAACUGAAUACCAGGUUCAAAAGAAUUAUGGAAUGUUCAUCUCACAGCAACAACUAUUCAUCAUCGCUUGAUCUCAACAAACUGCAUAUUUACCUUUCCAAACUGGAAAACGAUUUACUUAACUCUUAUGCACCUUCAGAACAAAAUAUCCCCAGAGUAAAAUUCACAAGACAUAAGCUCCCCGAACAAAAAUCUUCCGGUCGAAAAUCUUCUGAACAUGAAACGACGGUAAUUUCACAAUUGUAUGUCAAGCAGUUCCAACUGCAGGUCUUCAGGAGGUGUUUCAUCAAUUUUUAUUCUAUAAUGGGCUGUGAGAGUCGUGAACAAAGGUUCCAGAGCCCACACGCGACUCAGUGCGUUGCCAAGGCUCAGCCAACGAACACUACAAUGGUAGAAGAUGUCAGAAUGUUUACUUUCCAUAUCUUCAAGCAAUACUUUGAACUGCUUGUGGUUAAGACCUCUGGCUCGAACGAUGUUUAUUACACCAUCAACUGA